GAUUUUAUCUGGAGACGUCAUCAACGCAAGGACGGUAUGGACUGCCUAUUCAAUGACUUUAAUUAAACAUAGGAAAAUAAGGGACUACGUCUUCUCCGAAUCCUAUUGGGCUCUGGAACUGUAAUUUCCAAUUUUAAUUACCCUAUAUGCUUUACUUUCGAUUAUUCGUCGAAAAUGUAUUUCUUAUUUCUUAUGAUGCUCACAAACUCGGAUACUGUGAAUGCUGAUGAUGCAAUGAGUAAUGGAAAUCUUCAGUGCUUCAAUGACUAUGACAAAAGUAUGGUUUGUCUUUUAACUACUGAGUCUAACUGUAGUGGAUACAACUUGGAAUUGAUUUUGGAUGAAAAGAAAAUCAGAUGUAAAGAACUUUGUGCUUUUGAAGACAAGAAGAGUUCCAGUGUGGUUUCCAAAUGUAGCUGCUCUAUUAAGAACAUGACCCUAAUUAUUGGGGAGGUGUUUAUAGCAAAUCUUUCACAUUCUGGGAAGCAACUGACUUCUGGAAAAAUCUAUAUCAAAGACAGCAUAAAACCCAAAGCCCCCACCAUCCAAGAAGUGAUCAUAACAGAAAAUAAGAAUAUCUGGGUCAAAUGGAAGACAAACUAUAAGGAUAUACCCUCUAAAAAUUUUAUUGCCGAAAUGAGCUACAGCAAGAAAGGACAAACUGAUGGGUUGUCCCUAAAUAUCUCAUCAACUUCCCAUGAAAUACUUGGCAGUGACUUGGAACCAAACACCGUUUAUGCUCUGAAGAUCAGAACCUAUUCCGACUUUAGUAACCGUUUCAGUGACUGGAGUGAAGACUUAGAAUUUAAUAGUCCUCCAUCAUCUCAAGGAGUGUUCAAUGUUGUUAUUGUUUUAAUUUGCAUUAUUGUUGUGAUCAUCACAACUGCUCUGUUUUGGUGUGUUGUGAGACUCAAAACCAAGUGGUGGGAUAACAUUCCUAAAUGUUCAAACUCAGUGAUUGGGCAUAUGGUUCCAGGAGUACCUAAGGUAUUGGAUGCUCCCAAACUUCUUAUAUCCCCCAUCCAUUUAGAUUCUUCCGAAGUGGACCAAACAGAAGGAAAAUCAUGGAAAAAAUCCUUUAUGGAGGAUGGCAGCAGUGGUGGACACCAGCAAGGCAGUUGCUCUGAGCUUGACUACUCUUCACUGGGUUAUGCUCACGUAGACCCCACCAGUCCGGCCCUUAAUAAUGUGCAGAUAAUCAGUCUUUGUCAAGAGGCCCUGAGACAAGUCUUUCCCAACCUUGAUAAUUCCUAUGGGAAUUCCAAGAAGCCAUUUGUCUUAGACCCUCCGGUAAAUGCUGUCAGUUUAAUGAAGGAUUCUGGAGGCUCGUCUUGCUACAACAACUUGACCUACUCCAGCACAGCAGCCCCCAGCAGCUUCAAGGAGUCAGAACCAAGCAAGACCUUUCCAUUUUCUACUCAGCCGUGCCAUGUUGACAUCUCACGCCAUGCUCCACAAAUGUGUCUUGGUACUGGUCAACCAGGCCUCCAUUUGUCUACAAAUGGCACACCUGCUUUGCUAACCGAUUUUUCAUAUAAAUUGUCUGACUGCUCUGAUUCCAAGACCACCAGGUCAGCGGAAGACACCUGUCUGACCUUUGGCUCUGACGACAGCAAUGUGUCUGCACCUCUCAGUCGUAUCAGUGUUGUUACUAGAAAUCAGCGCUUCAGUGAGGCGGUCUGCAAGGGUAGUGUGAGAGGGACUGAUGCCACCAUGGACAUGCCACUGCUACCAACAGGCUUACAGGAUGUGGACAGUGGAGAGACGCUGAUUUAUGAUAUGAAUCCAUGCUACCACAGCACUCAGGUCCCUGGAUGUAGCCUAGCCCCAAGUGACGAUAGUUAUCAGGCUUUACAGAGCCUGGGGCCAAAUAGCCUAGAUCCAGUUAUUGCAGGGCAGAGUGCGGAUCAGGGCAGGCACGUCAACGUGUCUGAGGUCCCCCAUACUUCUGCAGGGAACACUCCUCUACAUUUCCUACCCAACUCCCAGGGAGGACAAUGUCUGACACUUGGAAGUCCUUUUCUCACUGCUUUCUGUGCAGACCAAGCCAUGCAAGUACAGUGUGAUAGCUCUUAUCAUUGUCUGUGAUGACUGUCUGUGAUCAUUGUUUGCACUUUUCCAAUUUUACAUCUUGGCGAUUUGAGAUUUCUUCAUAUUAUCAUAGAUGAUCUUUCAAUAUCAUACAAAGAGUGAAAACUAUUUAGGCAUGACAAUGUUGCAGUCUAAGCAAUGUUCCACAGUUUGCAUGUACAGUUUCUGUAAAAUAGCAUUUGUGUGAAAACCACAGUUUAUGGUUGAACAAACAUUGAGUGGAUAAACUGACUUAUGCCAGCUUUUGCCUUGUCUGUCUGACACAUGUACAGGCACGCUGUUCAAAUCUAGAAUGAAAAAAUGGGGUGUGUACUUUAUUUGGAAGUACUGAUGUAUCAACAUGUAGAUUACAUCUAAAGUACACUAGGUUGUCACACUAGUCUCUCUGGCCUUUCAAUGUUCCUCCUUUUCCUACACUUUUAAUGGCUUCCCAAAAUACUCAGAUAGUUUGAAAGCAUCUGACAUUUGUUUGGCUAAAGAUUAUAAACGGCACAACCCCCUGUAAAUAUGGAGGUUGAAUUUCUGAAAACAAAAUAGGCCUACUUCCUCAUUGCUGUUCCUGUCUGGUAGUGAAACAAUGUUGGUUUGUCAUUAAUUAUGAUGAAGACACAGUGGGGUGUUUCCCAGCGUUUCAUUUCAGUGGGAAAUGUCCCACUGUGUAUUCAUUAAUAAUAAGAUAUCAUUGAAAUUAUGGAGGAAUUCUAAACAGUUUUUUUAUUACAGUAUUGUUGCUAUUUUAUGACAGGUUGUUUAUGAAAAAAUGCCAAGUAAAGAGACACUAGAGGGAAUUGUGAAAGGCCAUUUUCACAGAGCCGUUCAGUAGGUCUGUUUAACUAUAUUAGAAUGCUUUUACUGAGCAAGCAUGCAGGACAUACUUUAAAUGCUUUGGGCAGGCUAUCCAAGUUAUGGAAAUUACUUUUCACAGGUACCAUUAUUAAGAAUAAUGGCAGCCUAAAGGUUGAUACUUGAAAAUGUGAAUUAGUUUAGUUAUGCUGUCACUUUUCCAUUUAAAAAAUGCCACCAAAAAAAAAAAAA